AACUGCAGACAGCUGUGAUGGGCCCCCGCCCAGGAGCCCCCUGUCUCUGCUGGGCCUCAUGGCUCCUCGGGGCCAUCGCUUUCCUCAGUGUGUGGAGUUGUUCGGCCCAGGGCUCUGGAGGGCACCGUGCUGGGAAUGAAGACUCUGCAGUCCCUGUUCUUGUGAAGGGGAUCCGAGGAGGUUCUGUCUGUUUCCAUGUGUCCCAGUGGCCAGGACAAGAUCUAGCAGCCACAGUGGAGGAGAUCAUCUGGUCCUUUUCCUCUGAAUCAGAACAAAAAAUGAUGCUGAGAGUCCACAGUGGGACAGAUGCUCCACUGUGGUUCAGUGUACAGGACAAGUACAAAGGAAGGGUCCAAAUGCCCAACGUGACCUCCCUGGAGAUUAGGAACCUGACCCCACAGGACAGUGGGCGGUACAUGGCAUACGUUCUGUCAACUAGCACAGACUUUGUUUACCAGGUUUUCCACCUCAAGGUCUACGAGCCAGUGUCCCCUCCGCAGAUCGUGGCCGAGGCCCUGUCCGUCACAGCAGGCUGGUGCAAUGUCACCCUGGAGUGCAGGCCCACAGGGCCCACAGAGGACCUGAAUGUGACCUGGGAGAGCAAGGGCCUCCCCAGGGAGCUGGAGCAGACGUGGACACCAGGACCGGCCCCCAACCCCUGGACCCAGGCCGUGAGCCUGCCCCUGAGCCAGGCCAGUGGGAGCCUCACCUGUGUGGUCAGCAACCCCGUGGACCAGAACAGAGCCACCUCAGACCUGCGCGACAUCUGUCCACCAGGUGCGUCUGGACGGUCCACAGCUGGCCUCACGGGAGGCUUACUAGGGGGCUUCGUGGCUGUGCUUCUGCUCCUUGGAGCCGGACUGUGUCUGUGGAAGAUCCAGGAGAAGAGGAAGAAGAUGGUGGUGGGAAAAGGAUUGCCUCAGGACCAUGGGGUCUGCAACGAUGAUGUAUUGUAUGCAGAUAUUAUAACACAGAAUCCUCAUGAAGAAAGGAUUGAGAGUAUUGGUGAACAACAUCCAGAAGCACAGGGGGCGCUCAGUAGCGUCUACAGUAAGCUUGUUCUCCCAGGCCAGCCUACGAAGAUGAAUUAAUUGGAGGAAACUGGUGAACCAAACACUCCUCGGACAUUCUCACCUCUGAGCCUGACACCCACAGUCGCCUACUUCCGCCGGCUUUGGGUCAGCUCCAGGUGCCCUGGUCUGUGUCCCCUGACCCGGUGGUCGUCCCUCCCUGAGCACAGUUGGUCCUGUGACUUCUGCCCACAGCUCCCACUGUCCUUGCACACUCAGGUUCCUGGCACCUGACAGCCUGGGUGCUUCCUCAGUCCUGAUGAGGUCCCUGAUCACCUGCUCCUGCAGCGCUCCCAGGAGAGCUCUGCCCGACCCUGCAGGGGAAAUCUCACCUCCACUGCUUGGUCACAAGCCUGUCUUUGGGAACAGGGGCCAGGCAUGGGACCUACGAAGGGGUGUUGACUGUGCCCCAGAGGACAGAGCUCGGAUGGGGUCUGGAUUGCAUGUGGAUGGGGCGCCCAGGUUGGUGGGAGCCCCAGCUUCCUCUCACAGGCUCUUAUAGGCUGUGUGUGUUCGGGGAGUCUCGAUGGCCCCGCCCCCUUCUCUCCUUUCCUGUCCCCCCAUGUCUUGGUCCCGUUUUCAUCUGUAAAAGAUCUAUCUCUCCCUUUCCUAUUAUCUAUCUUUGAUUUUGUUCUUUGUGUAUAUUUUGGGUUUCUAAUAUAAGAAAUGUUAUGGUAUAUUUAAACUUGUGGUUUUUGUUUAUUUAAUCGAGAAGCAAAAAUCCCAGUUUUGCAAAUAGUGGAAUUUGGUCCAGAGGUUUAAUGCCUUCAGCGUUCUCCAGAGUGUGAUUGGUUUGGCACCGCUCUAAGCCCAGUGGUCUGAAUAAGACAGAAGGGGCAGAAAGACGGUGUUACAGGCCCUCUUGCUGCCUUUGCUACCUGGUGCCUGCCGUGUUGUGUCUCGUCUGGGAUGUCUGUUUGCCAUUCCUGUCUUGGUGCCAGCUGACUGUGGCCUGAACCUCUGUGAACUGUGAGCCACGUAAACCUCUUCCCUUUAACUUUGGGUGACGGGUGUGCUGUCUCAGCGACAAGUGAAAAGUAUCUAACAGAGAUAUUUGGUGCCAGAGAAGUGGAGUUGUUGCUGUGGCAUCACCUGGCCAUGUGGCUCAAGAGCCUUUGGAGCUGGCUCGUGGGAAGGGGGAGAUGAGGAAAGAUUUGGAGACGUCAGCUGAAAAGCAGGGCUGGAAGGCGUCAGGCUGCUCUCUAUGGGAGAUCUGCUCAGAGCUCAGAAGGGCAGAAGGUCGGUAACGACCCAGCUCAGGAGGUUCCUACGGGGAAGAAGACUGUGUUGACUGCUGGACUCCCGAGGAUGUGUGCUAUGCCUUGGCAGAAAGCUUGUCUGUGGUUUGUUUAUGUGCAAAGACAUUUCCUGAGACUGAGAUUUAGGGGUGGUGGACUAAUCUUGCAGAGGAAAUUUCAAGGCAGUUAAAUACUGAGGCAGCAGUAUGGCUCUUGUUGGGGGCUUUUAGCCAGAUCAAGAACAAAGAGAAUCAAGAGCAAAGAGCCCAGCAGAAUGAUUUAAAAUGUUUUGAGUUUUGCCAAAAAGGAAGCUUCAGUGAAGCUAUGGGCUUCAAAAUAGAGCAGAGGAGAUCUUGCUUGCUGGGAAGGACCAGGAGAAUAGAAAAAUGGCCUGAGUGGAUCACUGGAAGUCUCAGAGUUGUAAAGGUGAAAGACUUUGCUUCGAGAAGAAAGCCCCAGAGCACCAUGUUCCAGAAUAGCAGGGGCUUAGGGAAGCUGUUCCUCUGUUUGAUUCAUAGGCACUGGCCCCGUACAGCCAAGAGAGAAGGAAGCCUGGCUCCAGGUCAAGCUGGCAGCCGACCUUGGUAUCAUCCACAAGGUU